UAUAGGAAAAAAAUGAUACAAACAAAUAAUGUCUCACAAAAAGUCUAAAUAGAAUCAUCCUUUUAAUCUCAUUUCGCUAAGUCAUUCCUUAUCUGUUAUAGCGCUAAUGCAAAUCACGGCAGUUGCAUUUGAAAAAGCAUCAAAUACGAUAUAUUAUGCACAAUCUAAUGGUAAAGUUAAAGCUGUGAAAGAUGUGUAUGGAAAAAGACCAAACAAGAUGAUCUUUAACGUAAAAAAACCUACAGCUCUUGACAUUGAAUCUUGUUUUGGGUACCUAUUUAUAGCAGAUUCAGGUUCUCGGUCCAUCAUACGCUAUGACACAAGACAUAACAUAUCUUUUACAGUCGUAGACGGAUUAUCAUUACCCAACGCGUUAACAGUGGAUAAACUGACUGAAAAAUUGUUCUGGGCGGAUACAACAACUGAUUCGUAUGUGUACAAAUAUAAUUUCUAAUUCUUUAUCAUUGGACUCCUGGUCAUUAGACCUUUUUUUUGUUGCGUUUUUUAAGCCUCUUCUGACGAAGGGGGUAAUCCUUUCUUCAGAAAACGUGGCACGCAUAUAGUGUGUUAUAUUUUGAAUAAAUAAACAUAAAUUAUAAUUUUGCUCGCA